GACCACAGAAGCCUCCAGAGCAUCAACACUACAAAUGGGCAUUUGAUGCAUUGCAUAUUGUUAGGACAAUCCUGAACUUCUUUUUGGUUAUUGGUCUUUCUUUGGAUUCAUCACUUUGCUGAAGAUGCUGUGGCUAGAUUUCCUGAGCCCACUCAUUUUUCUGAGUGCUAGUAUAGCUGUUACAAAUGCUUUUGCGGCUUUCCACUCCAUGCCCAACCGUUUCAGCUUCUACAAGUCAGGAGCCAAUCCUCAUUAUAGUUCUGGCAAACCCACUGCUAGACACAAAAACCACUGUGCAUAUGUAGUGGAAAAGAGUGUUUCCUACACUGUUCAGGAUGGUGCAGCUCCUUAUGUGAAGGCAGAGUACAAAAAAUGUGGCUGGGGGAAGAAGUGUCCAGCACUUAGGUACCGGAUGCUCUACAAGCCAGUGUUUAAAGUGGCAUACAAGACAAUGACAGAGUUGGAGUGGCGUUGUUGUCCUGGAUUCACCGGUGUUGGUUGUAACAUUGGACCUACCGCUUAUGGAAUGAAAGCAAUGCCCCCUUUCAAGGGUCAUGUGCCAUCCUACAAAGGUCCUAUGCCAUCUCAUAAAGGUCCACAGCUAUCCAUUAAAGGUCCCCUAUCUUCUUACAAAGGCUCUAUGCCACCUUUCAAGGGCCCAAUAUCUGCCUUCAAAGGACAUAUGACCUCUUAUAAUGGCCCAGUAAAUGCUUAUGAAGAGCGAGUGCCUUUCCACAAAGGUCCAAUGCCUCUAUUUCAGGGCUCAAUGUCCCAACCCAACUAUAACAGAAACCUCUGGAAUCAACCCUUGACACCCUCUAACAUAAUGGAUGAAUAUCCUGACCCUAAUGCUGCACCAUCUUAUCCAGAAACUUCAUUUGAGCCUUAUCAGGAGCCUGAAACAGAUCAUCCUGAUACAGUGCUGGAACAACACAACCCUCUGACUAAUGAUCAAGAUUCUGUACAUGAUCCUAUUUCAGAUGAUCAUGAACCAAUAACAAACUACCAGGAUCCCAUACCAGAUCACCAACAGUCAAUUCCACAUCCAGAGACAAAGCCGCUUCCUGAAACACAGGCAUCUUCGGGUGAUAGUGAGGUGAAUCAGGCUGUUGAAGAGAACAGUGUCAGAGUUGAACGUUUAAAUCAGAUGGAAGAGGAUGUACAGCGACUUUCACUUGGUCUUGAGACGCUUCGUGCUAAAGUGACCAGCUUAGAAGACCACCUACGUGCCUCCCUCCGGGAAGACGCAAACCGCAUGCUCUCUACCCUUCUGUCUGAAGCUCCAGUUCCCAUAGCCGCUGCAUCUCAGGACAUGACUAUUGGUUUUGGAGACCUGCCUGGGGGAGCACCAGAUAUAGAGGGCUCAGAUGCCAUAGGGCAGUUCCCAAACCUGGGUGAGUUGGCUGAAAAGGUGGCACAGCUGCAUGCUGAGGUACUGGCUAAGAGCACAGAUCUUGUAGAGUUAAAAAAGACAGUACUGGACCAUGAGGAGACCCUUCAGAGGUUGCCUGGUGGGGCACUGAAUCUCACAGAUUCUCAACAAGCCCUAGAGACACUGCUGGAAACCAAACUUAGUAAGGCAGGAGCAGCUGUCCUAGGAGAGUUUGACAAACGUGUGGAGACUGCAGAGCAGCGUUGUGAGGAUCGGGUGAUGGAGGUGCAUCUCCAGUGCAAGAAAGAGAUCAUGGAAGGACAGGAACAGCUGGAACAGGUUGUAAACAGUAGUCUGACAGCCUUGAAAAUUGAGCUUGCAAACAUUUAUGCUGAGCACCAAGGUCUAGAAUCUGAUGAUGCUUGCUGCACGGCGAUGUCUGGCAUGACAGAAAGGCUGGUUCUUCUAGAGCAGUCAAUGGAUGGCUUGAACCAGUCCCAAGUGCACCUUCAAGUUGAACUAGGUGGCCACAAGGACCAUGUAGAGGGCAUGGUAGAAGGUAGACUGGCCUAUGUAGAGUCACUUUUGAGUACAACAGAGAAGGAACAAGGAUGUACAGGUGAAAGAACAGCUGGUAUCCUAGAGGACUGCCUGGAGGAAAAGAUAAAGGAUCUUGAAAUUCGUUUGUUUGCUGCUAUGGAGGAACUGGCUAAUGCUACAUCUACAGUUCUGGUUGAAUGUCAGACAGUGCCCACACUAGACACAGAAGUCAAGUCCCUCAAAAAGAGGGUAGAAGUAGAUCUGGACCUCAUUCAGAAGCAGCUUAGCUCCCUUGAACUUGUCUGCACUUCCUCUUGUGCUCCAGAACCAGUUCUUACUGGAUAUGCUGAACCACUGAUAACACUGGAAGAGAAAGACAAGAAAACACAUGAAAAUCUUAAUGGGCAGCUGAGUGCACAGACAGAAAGACUAGACCAACUGAAUGCCACUCUAAAUUCACUGCUCACACAGUUGACUGAGAGACAAGAAGAGAAGGAGCUUCAAGGUGAGGUAACCCUGCUGAAGGUGAGCAUGCACUCUGUCAAUCACACACUUUGUGGACUAAAAGACUCAUUUGGGAAGGUGGUGCGUGAAGUUGGACAAACUAACCUUACCUGGCAAGAGCGAGAGGAGAGGCUAGCACAGCAGGUUAAGGGUGUGGUGCAGUUGGUUGGACGGCAGGCUUCUAUGUUGGGUGCUGGGGAGAGGAGGCUGACUCGUCUGAAGGGUGAGUUGCAGGAUCUACGGCGCAGGUUGGCUUCAGAGAUGCAGACCUGCCACUCAACUGCUCUGGGCGUCCAGAAAGAGGUGACUGAUGUAGGGGGACGUGUGGCCCGUGUAGAAGGUCAGUGUGGUGGCUUGUCACAGCUGGCUGAAGACUUGGAGCUGAUCCGAGGAGAACUGGAGAAAUAUUCAGAUGGAUAUUUUUCCCAGGUCAACAGUACCCUUGUCAGUCAUUCCCUCCAGCUAUCUGAGCUUAGAGAUGGACUGAAAACCUGCACUAAGUCCUCUGGGUUAACAGGGGACCAUGUCGUUGCAGUAACUCAGCCAUCGGAAGAACAACAUACUGUUGAACCACCUAAACCUAGAGGAGACCAGUUUAUAGAUCCCACACAGGUUUAAGAUGACUAAGAACUCAGGAAAGCUCCAUAAUAUGGGGAAAUACAUUUAAAGACUACUCACAGGCCAAGCAGCAUAUUUAAUUAAUUUUUACUUCUUGGUAUAUAUUAAUCUUUAUACUUUUUGUACUGAUUGAAUUGUGUAUUUCAUUUCAUUUCUGUGAAGUGUGUAAUACUUGAUACUGAACAUUAAUGUGUCUGUAAUGUACUGGGACUUUUGUUUUUCAGGUUUUUUUUUAUAUACAGAGUCAUUCUUAUAAAUACUAAAGUUGUUUUUUCUAAAUGCUUUUUUUUAUUGCAACAUAGAGAAUUUUAAAUAAAAAAAAUGAAAUGUUUUAGCUUA